GUUUGAUUCCAGCGGGUUCCUGCCAAAGACCCCCCUUUUUUUUAUUUAUUUUCCUUGUCUAUCACCUCACUUUUGAGAGGAGGUCACAAAGACAGCAUAUCUGUACCAUGGAUUAAUUCCAGAGGGGAAAUUAUUACUGGGUAAGGUGACAAGGAUACACAAUUUUCAGUACAGAGGAGUAAGAGAGAGAAAACCAUGAAUGGUCAAGGUACCGAAAGAAAGGGUCCAACAUCAGAUGAUUCAGUUUUAUAAGUAGGUGUGCUCCCAUCCCUUGGCCAUGCUUGAAGCAAAGCAACCUUGGAUCCUCCCACCCACCCUCUUCCUCCUGAUAUUAAUUGGUUUAGAGCUCUCUCUCGCAGAAAAGAUGCAGCUGAGUUUCCCAGGCAGAAGGACGUGGUCUGAUUGAGGCUUGGAAUUGAAGCAGAAGUUGAAGGAUCGGCAUGUGGAACAUCAUUGGCGAGAGAUAAGAAUAGUGGGAGGAGGACAAGUCUUCUUGGAUGGAAAAUCAUAGAGUUGGUGAAACUGGUCUUUCAGAAUCUGGACCUUCAAGUCAGCCUGUGGCUUAUGGAGUUCAUGGCAUCACUCCUGCUGCCACCAAUUUCUUUGAUCAGGAAGGAACUGCUUAUUUUGGGGAGUUGGAAGAGGCUCUCAUGCAAGGAGUUGCUGGCAUUAGAAGUGAUGGAGACAGGAAACCCUUUUUCACACCUCCUACUCUUGAAAUCUUCCCCUCAUGGCCAAUGAGAUUCCAACAAACUCCCAAGGGGAAUUCACAGCCAGCAAAGAGCAGUGAUUCAGGAUCAGCCCAAAACACAAUUUCCCAGCUGGACUUAGAGUCCCCAGUGAGCAUAAAAGCUUCCUCAGGGCUGAGAGGGCAGCAGCAAGGGAUGAUGGCCAGUGAUGCCCCCAGAGCAGGAGCAGCAGCACCAAAUCAUCAGCCCAAGACCCAAGAUAAUAGGAGGGUGGCUGGUUCAACAGCAGAGAAAGAUGGAAAGAUAUUAGAUGCGAAGACCCUGAGACGCUUAGCUCAGAAUAGAGAGGCAGCACGCAAAAGCCGACUGAGAAAGAAGGCUUAUAUACAGCAGCUAGAGUCCAGCAGAAUCAAACUUACUCAGUUAGAACAAGAUCUCCAGAGAGCACGAUCGCAGGGUCUAUUCUUAGGAGCAGCUGGUGCAGGUGGAAAUAUCAGUUCCGCUGCGGCGGUCUUUGACAUGGAAUAUAGUAGAUGGUUGGAUGAGAACUGCAAGCGUAUGACGGAACUGCGUGAAGGGUUGCAAGCGCACCUCUCCGAUGGCGACCUCCGAGUCGCAGUGGAUGAAUGCCUCACUCACUAUGAUGAGAUCUUCCGCCUGAAAGGAGUCGCCGCCAAAUCAGAUGUCUUCCACCUCAUAACUGGGACGUGGACUACCCCGGCCGAGCGGUUUUUCCUUUGGAUGGGUGGAUUCAGACCUUCCGAGCUGCUCAAGAUUCUGAUACCUCAAAUGGACCCAUUAACGGAGCAACAGCUGGUGGGGAUCUGCAACCUUCAGCAGUCAUCCCAACAGGCGGAAGAGGCCCUCUCGCAGGGCCUCGAGCAGCUCCAUCAGUCCCUCGCGGAUACGGUGGCCAGCGGGGCUCUCAGUGAAGACACGAACGUUGGGAACUACAUGAGUCACAUAGCCAUUGCACUCGGGAAACUUGCCAACCUCGAGGGAUUCGUUCGGCAGGCUGAUAAUUUGAGACAGCAGACUCUCCACCAGAUGCGUAGGAUUCUGACGGUCCGGCAAGCAGCAAGAUGUUUCUUAGCAAUUGGAGAAUAUCACAGCCGCCUACGUGCUCUUAGUUCCCUAUGGGCUUCUCACCCUCGAGGGAGCUUGAUCACCAAUGAGAGCGCCUGCCCUACAACUACCGACCUACAAAUAAUUCACCAACCAGUUCACAGUCAUUUUUCUGCCUUCUAACCGAACCAAUUUAGAAGACAAUUGACAUUAUCCACGUCUGGUUUCUGCACUUGCGGCAAUGCUGGCAGCAGUGGGAGGGGAGAGGAGGUAUAUAUAGAGAGAAGUAGAAUGUCACAUGAUUGAUCUCAUGUUACCAGAGUUUUUACCUAGCCAAAUUGUAGGAAGGAGAGGAGCUCUGAAUACGAUGGAGAGGCUGAAAACAAAAGAAGAUGAGGAGCUAGGCAAAGACAGGAAUGUGGUUUUUGUUCUUUAAUGAUGAGUAAUUGAAAGGCUUAGUAGUCUUUAACAACGUAGAUAAGAAUGAGCAAUUUUUUGCCAUUAUUGUUGUAUAUUCAUAUAUUUAUAUCUACAUGUAUACCUAGAGCAUGGUAAUAUUGGAUAUCUUAGGCACAACUUGUUGGGUACAAGUCAAAGUAGGAGGUUGAUCUUUAGUGUAUUUUUAUUUGUAAGCUGUUGCCACAACCAAAUUUCCUACUCUGGAGAUGUUUGUUUCUUUUU